CCCACCGUCCAGCUGCUUUAGUUUGCGGUUUCAUGGGCAUUGCUCUGCACCAAGACAGGCGAUGCUUUCCGGCAAGCAGAGCCUUUGGCAGGUGCUGCUGGACGUGGUAACCUGUACGCGGGAGGAGCCCAAGUGCCGGAGCCAGUGGUCCUGCAGUUGCAAGGACGGCAGUGACGCCGGCCUGGCGGGCAUUUUCAGCAGGUUGCCAUGGGCUUCCAUCGAGGACGAUGGCGGUUCCAGCGACGAGGACCAAGCCAGCCUGGAGUGGAAGCCCACGGUGCUCUGCGCGGACGGUUCCCGAUACACGGGGCAGUGGAAGGGCCCCGCCUGGCAGGGCGAGGGCCAGCUGGAACGCGCCGACGGUAGCACCUACGAAGGCAGCUUCAAGGAUAGCAAGCCCCACGGCUACGGCUGUCUUACGGGCGCCGAUGGCAGCGUGUAUCAGGGCCAAUGGCGUCAGGGGCGCGCGCACGGCAUGGGCAGAUUCACAAAGGCCGGUGGUGCUGGAGCCUAUGAAGGACAGUGGAUAGAGGACAAGCGCAGUGGCUCGGGGACUGAGCAGUGGGCCGACGGGUGCCUCUACCGCGGCUCCUUCCUCAAGGGCUGCAAGCACGGCCGGGGCUUUUACCAAACCCCGGAGGGUGCCUCCUACAACGGCGCCUUCCUCUCGGACCAGAUGCACGGCGAGGGCAUCUACAAGUUUGCCGAUGGGCGGGUCUUCACUGGGAACUUUGCAUCUGGGAUGAUGACCGGAUAUGGCCGGAUGUCCUGGCCCAGUGGCGCGGACUACGAAGGUCAAUACCUGAAUGGCGAGAAGCACGGUGCUGGUGUGUACACCUGGCCGGAUGGCCGCGUCUACGAGGGCCAGUGGUCCCACAGCCAGAUGCACGGGAAAGGCGUGCUGUAUCGCGGCUCGCUGGUUUCCCCCUUGAACAUGAGGAGGUCGCGAGUUGUGCCCCGUUUACAUACUGACGGCAGCUCCGUAGCUGGCCUUUGGUGCCGCGGCGCAGGCCCAGAGCGCGUGUGAGACGAAAAGUUGUGACCAAACGGCGGCUGCCUGGUGCGGAGGUCCAU